CGCAAGUGAAAAUGGAUCAAGAGCGCCCCCUUCGCUCGCAUUCGUACUCGAACCUGGACGAGGUGACGUUCACGCAUCUCAAUUGGGUCAUUGCGCUGGACUUCGCAGCCCAGCAACUCAAGGGAUACGCCGAGUACACGUUCCACCACGCCUCGACCGCCACGUCCUCCGUUGUGGUGCUGGACACGCACCAUUUGAGCGUCUCCAAAGUCUAUGCAGACGGCAAGGAGACGCCCUUCGCUCUGGCCGAGAAGGAGCACCCGGUAUUCGGCCGCGCACUCGUGGUGUCCGUGCCCAGCCACGCCACGAAGAUCCGUGUGGAUUACACCACAUCCGACGCCUCCAGCGGCCUGCAGUGGCUCAGCAAGGAGCUCACAGCCGGCAAGACGCACCCGUAUCUCUUCACGCAGUGCCAGGCCAUCCACGCACGCACCAUCGUGCCGUGUCCGGACACGCCGGCGUGUAAAUUCACGUACUCGGCCACAGUCACGGUGCCGGACUGGUGCACGUGUCUGAUGAGCGCCAUAGCAGACCCGCAGGGCCGCAAGAACCACAACACUAUGGACGCUACCUACCAAGUCUCAUUCCAGCAGUCCGUGCCCAUUCCUUCCUAUCUACUGGCCAUCGUGGCCGGUAAACUGGAGAGUGUGGACUUGGGGCCACGUAGUCGCGUGUGGGCGGAGUCUUACGGUGGUGACGAAAGCUGCCCACGAGUUUGCGCAGACGGAGGCGUUCUUGCAACACGCCGAGGAGAUCACAGGCCAGGACAGAAGAACUACCUGGGGGCUACAGUGAUUCUUUGUCAUUUCCACGUCAUUGACUAUCUCAAACGCGAAAUCAGCAAAAACGUCUACGCGUUUACGGCAUUUGAGAAGAUACAUGCCAAGAACUUGAUUACGAUGAUGGUGCGGACUGAUGAUGAACGAGAAUUCGAUCGCUAUAUGCGAGCCCUUCAAGCUCUUUGUAAGAAAAAGAACGGUUCAGGCACGCUCAGCUCAGGUGAUGCAGGAGAAGCCGAUGACGAUAGUGCCAAUAUAGGUGGUAUUACCACCAAUAUUGGUGAUUUUACCACAAAUUUGGACGAACUGGGUGAGAACAGUACCAAUCCACCAUGUAUCUCGACUUCUGGACAGGAUGUUAAGGUGGGCCUCGAAAAACCUCUUCAAGUUCCGCUGGACGAAGAAGAACAAAACAUCCGAGAGACAAAACGGGCGUCGAAGAAGCUGUCUUCACUUUCAGCGAAGCGAAAACUUGAAUUGGACGAGACAACUGAAGAAAAGCAUCCCCACAAAAUAUUGGAUGAUGAUGCCAAAAGCAUAGUAAAGCUUAAUACAGCUAGUCGUUCAUCUGGAAGACCAAAGCAAAAGGAAAGCUUUAAGAAGGCAAAGAGGAGCAAGGAGAUUACGGAUACACUGGCGUAUGUGGACACGGUCGCCACUGUGGGUGAUGCUACGUUGGAAGUUUUGGACGAGGUUGUGAAGACACAACAGCUUUCAAUAGCGAUUGUUGGAGAUGCUCUCGACGGUAUCCGCCGCAUGUUCGAUGGUGCGGUGUUCAAACGUCCCAAAGCAUUAGUGAUCAAGGGUAAUCACUCCCGUUCUGUAGAGAGCAAUAUCCGAUUCGUGCUUCCAGAACCUUUGGUGAUGAAAAGCAUAGACUCGGCUACAAACGUGAAGAUCCGUGAAGAGCUAAUCAAUGACACAAAACUGGCAUCAAGUGAUAGUGAUUUCGAUUCUUGGCGCUGGAACGUUUAG